GUCACGGAUAUGCGCUAAUGAGGCUGCAGUGAUGGGCACUGAAAGACAGCACUCAUAUAUGGCACUGAUAGGCGACACUGAUAGUUGACACUGAAAGGCAGCUCAGAUGGGCACUGAUAUGUUGCAUUGAUGGACACUGACAGCUGGCACUGCUGGGGCUACACUGAUCAUCAGGGCACACUGAUCUUCAGUGCUUUGAUGCGGCUCUCCGCUCCUCUCCUCUGUCAGCGUGACAGCUCAUAAGGAGAGAAAUGCCGAUAACCGGCAUUUC